AUGGCAGACCUUGUGGUUGGCUUGGCCAAGACAGUGGUGGAGGGGGCCCUGACCAAGGCUCAGUCAGCGAUUGAGGAGGAGGCAAAAUUGCAGCAAAGUGUGCAGCACAACCUUGUAUUCAUUGCUGGUGAGUUUGAGAUGAUGCACUCCUUCCUCAAUGUUGCCAAUGAGGAGCGUGUGAAGAACAACGUUGUGAGGACCUGGGUGAGGCAGGUUCGUGAUCUGGCAUAUGAUGUGGAGGACUGCAUAGAGUUUGUCAUCCACCUGGACAACAAGCCAAGGUGGUGGCGCUGCAUGCUUCCACUUUGCCUGGCAGCAUCAGCAUUGCCCUUAGACGAGGCGGUAACUGAGAUAGAGCGGCUCAAGGUUAGGGUUGAGGAUGUGAGUCGAAGGAACUCACGCUACAGCCUCAUCAGCGACUCUGGAUCCAAGCCCAUCAUGCAGCAACAGACGGCACCCAACGCAGCUUUUGGCCCAAUGGCACUUGACAUGCUGGUUGAGGCGAGGGACACCGCAAAAAAACAGCAAGGCUUAGGGGACCUCACCCAGCUACUCACAAAGGAACAAGCUGACCUUGGGGUAAUCUCAGUUUGGGGAACAGGUAGUGAACUUGGUACAACAUCAAUCAUCAGAAAGGCCUACCAGGACCCAGAACUCUGUCGAAAAUUUGAAUGCCGUGGCUGGGUGAAGCUUACACAUCCUUUCAAUCCCCACGAGUUCCUCCGUAGUAUGGUGACUCAGUUCUACACAAACAGUUGCCUGCAAAAAGGAAUCGUUAUAGAUGUGAAGGAACUGAAGAGGAUUGAGGUAAUGGCGACAAUGGAAGGUGGACUCAUUGAGGCAUUUAUGGACAAAGUAAAUGAGAACAGAUACCUAGUUGUCCUGGAAAAUGUGUCCACAAUCGGAGAUUGGGACACCAUCAGGACGUACCUGCCAGACAGGAUGAAUGGCAGUUGGGUCAUUGUAUCCACACAGCAGUGUGAAAUUGCAAGCUUGUGCAUUGGGCGUUCAUACCAAGUAUCGGAGCUGAAGCAGUACUCUGCACAGCACUCUAUAUGUGUCUUUUUGAAGGAGAGUUUGCAAGGUGAUGGUGAUAAAAGCAUGGAAUCUGAUAGAGUGGUAGACAACAGCAAUGAAAUAUCAAUGGGGGAUGAAGCAACCCAUGGUACUGGCUUUCUGCCCUACUACAGAAUUCCAACAUCUAAAUGGAAGGCUGCCUGUGAUUGGGUGGAGAAUUUUCACCUUGUUGAACGCAAGUCAGAAAUGAACCAACUUGGUAACUAUAUUGCUAAGGCACGUCUCAAUGGUUUGCAAGUGCUGUCUGUGUGGGGGAUAGCUGGUGUUGGGAAAUCAGCCCUGGUUAGGAACAUGUACUAUGACAGAAUUCAUCGAAAUGACUCAUUAUUUGACAGGUAUGGUUGUGUCGAUGUAACCCACCCAUUCAAUUUAAGGGACUUCUCCCGGAGUUUGCUUUUGGAUUUUCAUUCACAACCUGUUCAAGCGAUGGGAAUUAAAGACCCUACUCAAGAGUGUCAUAAGAUUCUAAAAGAUAACCGGUGCCUUGUUGUUAUUGAUGAUCUGGAGUCCAUGGAAGAAUGGGACUUAAUACAGGCUGCCUUGGUGUCUAGACCUUCUAGUAGUAUUAUCAUUGUCAUUACAACUGAAGCAAGCAUCGCCGCACAUUGUGCAGAUAAUGAAGGGGUCAUAUUUAAUGUCAAAGGUCUAGAAGACAAAGCAGCCCUCGAGCUCUUCAAAAAGCAGGUACAUAAGCAAAAACCAUCAUCUCCUAUAAAGGACUCCAAAGAUGAAGAGCUACAAGAACUUAUUUUGAAGUGCGGUGGUCUUCCCAAAGUGAUAGUUGCUGUAGCCAUUUUUUUGGCACCUAAAACAGUCACAUGGAUGAAUAGUGCGAGUUCUAUGAAUCUCAAAUUUAUGCAAGAACUGGAGAGCAGCCCAGAGUUUGCUUGCCUGCGGCCACUCUUUGGUUGGCUGCACUCCUACUUUCGAACUUGCCCGGAUUUCCUCAAGCCAUAUCACAGCAUCCGGAGAAGGCGUUUGGUGAGACGGUGGAUUGCAGAGGGCUAUGCCAGGGACACUGACAAAAUGUUUGCGGAGGAGAGAGGGGAGCAGUUCUUCUGUGGGCUCCUCGAUCUGAGCAUAAUAAUGCAGAAACCACAUUCAGUCACCACCGCAUUCAGCGACAGAAGAAUGACCUUGUGCCAAGUCAACAGUUUUGUCCGAGAGUAUAUCAUAUCACGUCAAAUGGAAGAGAACCUUGUCUUCGAACUGGGAGGCAGUUGCACCCUAACCUCUCAACGCACAGGGCGUCACCUCAUCAUACUGGAAAGCUGGGACAGAGACAUAAUUGUGUUUGAGAGCAUUGACUUCUCACGGCUACGGUCUUUGACAGUGUUUGGAGAAUGGAGGUCAUUCUUCAUCUCUGAUAAGAUGAGGUUACUUCGGGUUCUCGAUCUUGAGGAUGCAUCCGGUUUAAAAGACGAAGAUCUCAAACAAAUGAUGAAGCUGCUUUGUCGCCUCAAGUAUCUUUCCCUACGAAGAUGCACUGAGAUCUGUAGGCUGCCGAAUUCAUUGGGUUGUUUGAGGCAGCUUGAGACUCUGGAUGUCAGACAUACAUCCAUAGCAACCAUGCCAACAACCAUCACCAAGCUAAAGAAACUGCAGUACCUUCGUGCUAGUACCACCAAACCAACUGAGGAACAACCAAUACCCGAUGCUGCUGGGUGUGUUAAGGUUCCUACUGGGAUAGAGAGAAUGACUGCAUUGCUCACCAUCGGUGUUGUUAAUGUCGAUUCUGCUCGGGGGAGGGCCAUCUUGAAAGAGUUCAGGAAGCUCACCCAAUUGCGCAAGCUUGGAGUGUCUGGAAUCAGUAAGAACAACAGCAAAGAUUUCUGUGUGGCCAUCUCAAGUCAUGCGCAUUUAGAAUCCUUAUCAGUUAGGCUCAAGAAGGACAAUCAGGACUGCUUGUAUGUCACCCCAGAUGGCUAUCUUCCCCCCCAGAACCUACAGAGCUUUAAACUGUAUGGCCUUGCAGACAAGUUUCCAGAGUGGAUCACUCAGCUUGACAAUCUCAGGAAGUUAGUUUUGGAGAUGACUAUAGUAACCAAAGAUACUAUCAGUGGACUCAGGGAUCUUAAAGUAUCUAUUCUACGUCUCAUUGCCAAGCAGCUUCCUGAUGGUAAGCUCAAUUUUUGUGUCAUGUUGCAUGGACAGCAAUUACGCUGCUAUGAAACAGUGAAGGUACUCGAGAUUUCUUGCAGCUCCAGCUUAGAUGUGACUUUUGGAUCACAAGCACUGCACAAUCUUGAGCUGUUGAAAGUUUCCUGCUGUAGUGGUUCAGGGUCGGUAAUGAAGUUCUCUGGGCUAGAAAAACUGUCUGAAUAUGAACUCAAGGAAGUCCAGAUUAAGGGUUCCCAUGAUGACAAACUCAAAAAAGAUGUGGAGGAACAACUUGCCAGGCAUCAAAAGAAACCUGUUUUGAAGAUGGAAUAA